UUCCCAGCGAACGGAUCAGACGGCUCUGCCUUUUCUUGAUCGCUUGAUCGCCAUGCGACCGAGACGUCGGCAUUCAGCGACCUACAAGGUGCACUCCAGGUCCAUCAUCAAGAAUCACUGCAUGUUGAGCCGCUCGGAAUUCUUCAAGGGAAGCUCCGAGAAGUUUUUGCACGAGUUGAGUACCAUGCUGGAAGUUGACCUGUUCCUUCCCGGCCAAGAUAUCAUUCAGCAAGGUGAAGAAGGGGACAAGAUGUACUUCCUGAACUGGGGCUCUGUUCAAGUCAUGCUGGGCGACCAGGUGGUUGGUGAUAUCAGCCCUGGGUCUGUUUUUGGAGAGAUGGCUCUUUUUAGUAACGGGAAACGCAGCUGCACAGUGCGUGCCACCGAUACCUGCGAUUGCAGAAGUGUGGAUCAGCACCGCUUCCAGCGCUUGCUGAAUUCGUACCCGGAGGAACGGGCACGCUUCGAGAAGUUGAUUGAGGGGCGACAGCAGGAAACCACCAAGCUGAAACAGGAUCUUCGGCGGCAACGGGAGCCACAGGAAGAUCAAGGUGGAUCUCGAUUGAGAAACCUCACCUUGAGGAGCCUCUCUGUGAUUGCCAAGAUGGGCAUGAACAACUUGCGGCGCCCCAUGAAGCGUGGCAGUAGAAACAGUGAAGACAGUAGAAACAGCGAAGACGUGACUCCCCGUCGACCCGGUCGACCCACGACGUGGCCUACAAUGGCAGAUGUCCAGGAGGGAAACCAAGAGAAGAAGGCAUCAGCGGGAAGUGUGUCCUUGGCAAAGGUGGUGUUUGCAAAGAUGGGCAAAGCAUCGCUGAAUUCAGAGAGGUCACCAGAUGAGAGUCAGCUGAGUGAGGGUCCAACAGAGGAGCCCUCCUCGGUCGCACGUGAGAGCAUCAUCUCCGACUCUAUGGAGGUACCAAGUUGGGAUUCCAGCGACUGGUCGCUGGUGCUGCCAACGGACACGGCGGAGAGCUCCGAGG